UAUAAAAGCCAAACACUACUGUUCAGCACACCUAGUGACUUACAAGACAUCCACCAUGAACCACUACUUUUGGGCAUCGUCGUUGUUGCUGUUCGCUGUCGUGCAGUACGCUGCCGCGUUCAAGAUACCAGGGUUGUCGUCGAGCAGCAGCAGCAGCAGUAUUAACCGAACGCCACCAGUCAGGGGACCCGCGAACAAUGCAGGCGGCCACAGAGGACAUGAAUCCGAGUACAUGGGUCCGGUGUUCAUAAUCAGAGAGUUGGACAAGGACAAGGGCGAGUACGACGCAUUCGUGACGACCGGCGGCAUACAAGAGGUGAGGCCACCGCCAAUGAGCGACAGGUCGCUGCCGCCGCAGCAUAGCAAGCCAUCCGCGGCCAGGGAUGACGAGGAUGCCGAGCACUUUGGCGUGCUGGUCACGCCCGAAACUGUCAAACGGUUGGACCGUGACGAAAAGCUGAAGAUGUCGUCCAUCAAUGUGACCAUGUCAGUGCUCCUUUCGGCUGCUUCAUCCAGGAUGCCCUGGCUGCUGGUCCUGCACCGCAAACAGUAUCCGCACCUGUUCGAAUACCAGCAACAGCAGCCUCAGCAGCAGUACCAGGUGCACUCGCCGCAGCAACAGCCUCACCAGCAACCACACCCACAACAGUACCACCAACAGCAGCCACAACAGUAUCAGCAACAGGUGCCACCCUUCCUUCAACCGGCGCAGUCCGACUCGGUUCAGGUCGACAGUGGCGUUCCGGGGCUCCAGAACCCACAGAUCCCACAGCGCAGACGUUACCAAACGGACAGGCAGCGCCGCGCUAUUCUGUACUCGUCGCCCGACGACAGCCGAGCGCCGCUGACGAUGGCCUUCGAGCACCAAUUGCUGUCCACCAUGUGCUACAACUUCGUCCGGGACUACUAUUCUUCGCCGGCGCAGCAAAUGUCUUCCGCCGAACUGUCACCCAGGCUUCCGAUUGCCUUGGCCGACCCCGAAUACGGCCGCGGCGAGGACCGACGAGAGCGAGAACCGGAACCGGAACAGUACGGCCGAUAUCGGCAAGACGUCUAUUUGGACGCCGACGCUUAUGCGGCCGCGGCCACUGCCCCUUCCGGCCGCGUGCCACAUUCGCCGCCGCAGCCGCAACCUCAGCCACAGACAUCGUCCACGGUCCGGCCGGAAGAACGGUCCGACGGCGUGGUCGUCGGCAUGGAGAUCCCCAAACGCGUUUCCUAGAUUCGGACCGCCGACCGUGGUGGCGCGACGCGUCUAGAAUAGUUUAUGAUUUUCUGUUUUUCCUCGUCGCCAGAAGCUUAGCUCACAGUAUUCCGCAAGAACUCGCCUCGUCGAUACGCUUCGACCGCUGUGCGUCCAAAUAUUAUCAGCUGUUUUUCGCUUAUUUUUUUAUAUUCCAUUAUUUGUCACGUUACGAUCGAUAGUUAUUGUAUCAUUGCGUCGUCGAUCGUUGUUAUCGACAAUAAUCAUUU